AUGAACAAAGCUGCCGAAGCCGCCUACGUGGACGAAGAUUGUCAGUGGGACUCCCUCAAUCUUGAUCCUCGAAUCAUCCAGGCCGUGGACCACUUGGGUUUCAAGAACCCGACUCUCAUCCAAUCCAGUGCCAUCCCCCUAGCACUUGAAGAGCGCAGAGACAUUAUUGCCAAAGCCAGCACUGGUUCGGGUAAAACCGCUGCCUAUAUGAUUCCCAUCUUGCAAAAUCUUUUAGCUGCAGAACAGGAAAAGUGUGUCAAAAGCAUCGUGUUGGUUCCCACGAGAGAGCUUGCCGACCAGGUAGCCCAGUUCACAGAAAAGCUCUUGGUGUAUAGUAACCAGAAAGUGACCGUCGUCAACCUUUCAAACAACGUUUCCGACCAAGUACUUCGGUCGUUGCUUACAAAUAAGCCAGACAUUUUGGUGGCCACUCCAGGUAAGCUCAUCCAAGUUCUCCAGGAGAAUGUCAACUCCAAGUUGAUCGACCUCUCCAAGACAAGACAUUUGGUAAUUGACGAGGUCGACUUGAUUCUUUCCUACGGGUAUAUGGAAGAUUUGGAACAGCUCGAGACAUUUUUGCCCGUCAAGACGAACUUGCAGACAUUUAUGAUGUCUGCCACGAUCAACGAUGACCUCAACGAACUCAAGAGCCGUUUUUGCUCCAAGCCGGCGGUACUCAAACUCAAUGAAGACGAAUCUGCUGGACAAAAAUUGGUCCAAUAUUACGCACGAACAACUGAGUUUGAUAAGUUUCUUCUAACAUACGUCAUAUACAAGUUGAAUUUGAUCAAGGGAAAAUCUCUCAUAUUUGUCAACUCCAUAGAGCGUGGGUACAGAUUGAAAUUGUUUUUGGAGCAGUUUGGUAUCCGUUGUUGCAUUUUGAAUAGUGAGUUACCCGUGAACUCUCGUUUGCAUAUCGUGGAAGAAUUCAACAAGAACGUGUACUCCUUGUUGAUAGCUACAGAUGAGACUAGUGAUUUCGCUGUGGAGGAAGAUGAAGGAGAUGAGCAGGUUGAGGAUUCUCAUAACGUGAAAGAAGGCUCAUCCAAGAAAUCGAAAUCGAAGAAAGAUAAAGAGUACGGUGUUUCUCGAGGCGUUGAUUUUAGAAACGUUGCUUGUGUACUCAAUUUCGAUUUGCCUACAACUUCCAGGGCAUAUGUGCACCGUAUAGGAAGAACAGCUAGAGCGGGCAAGGCUGGUAUGGCAUUGUCAUUUGUCAUCCCUGAGUCUGAGGUUGGCAAGCAUAGAGUUGCAACCUUGCCUUCGGCCAAGAAGGACGAAAAAGUUCUCAAGAAAAUCAUUAAGCAACAACAGAAAAACGGACUUGAGAUCAAUCCCUACCAAUUUGACAUGAAACAAGUGGAAGGGUUCAGGUAUAGAUCAGAGGACGCAUUUAGAGCGGUUACCGGCGUCGCCAUAAGAGAAGCACGUAUUGCAGAGUUGAAGAAUGAGUUGCUAAAUUCCGACAAAUUAAAGAGAUUCUUUGAAGAGAACCCUCAGGAUUUGGCCAGCUUGAGACACGAUAAGGAGUUGCACCCGAGCAGGGUCCAGUCGCAGUUGAAGAGAGUGCCUGAAUACUUACUUCCGGCCAGCGCCAGAGCAGGAUCCAAGAAAGAUCUUGGGUUUAUCCCAUUCACAAAAAAUAGAGUGAGGAAAGGAGGAAAGAAGAGGAAAGGUGGGCGCAAGUCGGACCCAUUGAAGAGAAUCAGAUAA